CCUAACACACAUGUUGUAUCGGUGGUGUUCGAAUAUUUUUAAAAUAAAUCCAAAUGUACAUACAUUACGUAGUAUGCGUGCCUCGUAAAUAAUGAAAUUUUUUAAUAUACAUCUGCGUUGUAUAUAAAUUAUUAAGUAUAUGUUCAAUAUAUAUUUGAUAUUCGCCGACUUAUUCAAACUACAGCUUAAUAAAACUAUGCUAAAAUGAUUUUUUGCAUACUAAACACGCCACCUUUUUUUUCAGAUAACUUUCAAUAAAUUCCUCUAAGCUAUAAAAAUAAUAUUUAAAUUCAAUGAACAACCUGCCUAAGGUAGUAUGUUCAUACCAGAAACUUUAAGAGGCUGUAUGAUCGAGACGGACGUUUCUUCUUAUUUGCAAUCAUCAUCAACGGGACAGGAUGAAUUUCACCCAUUUAUUGAAGCUCUAUUGCCGUAUGUCAAAUCAUUUUCGUACUCUUGGUUCAAUUUGCAAGCCGCCAAGCGAAAAUAUUAUAAAAAGCAUGAAAAACGGAUGUCAUUGGAAGAAGAACGACAUUGCAAAGAUGAACUACAGAAUGAAAAAACGGAGGUAAAACAAAAGUGGGCAUCCCGUCUCCUUGGUAAACUACGCAAAGACAUUACACAAGAAAGCCGCGAGGAUUUUGUACAAUCGAUAAUUGGAAAACGAAAAUCGAUAUGUGUUCUCUCCAACCCGGAUCAAAAGGGAAAAAUGCGACGAAUCGAUUGCUUAAGGCAAGCCGACAAAGUUUGGAGACUCGAUCUAGUAAUGGUUAUCCUUUUUAAGGCUAUACCUUUGGAGAGUACUGAUGGCGAGCGUUUGGAAAAGAAUCCCGAAUGCUUACAUCCGGGAUUGUGUGUUAAUCCUUAUCACAUAAAUGUCUCUGUGAGAGAAUUGGAUUUGUAUUUGGCUAAUUUUAUCAAUACUCAUAGUUCAGCGACUUUCUCCUCAAGAUCACCCCAGCUAAGCCUAUAUCAUCGUAAUAACAACGAUUCAGUAAGCAGAAAAGACAACUUGAAAAAUGAGAAUAUAAGUCAAAAUCCAUAUAAUGGCGUGGUUUGUAAUGACAUUAUUUUAGCAACGGGAGUAUUUUCUUCGCAAGAAUUAUGGACAUUAUCCAAAGACUUAAUUCUGGAAGAACCGAACGAUAAUACCAUUCAAUCUAAUCUCAUUAAACGAGAGAAUGUUGGAGCUAACUAUGAUUGCAAUACAUAUCAAAUGAGCUCAGAGGUCCAACCACAACAUGGUCCAAUUGUUACCAAUCCAACAACAAUUCCUGUCGGUUAUAGUAUUGACUUUAUAGAUCAAAGGACAAAUGCACAUUUAUCGUCAAGUCCACUAUUACGGGGAAAUGUAACAAAUGGAGGGGAUGGACCUGAGACAAAAGUUGAUCCAAGUAUUUCACCGCCUAUAAUCGCUAGUAGUUCAUCAUCGGAUAAUGUCAACAGCAGCAGUUUUUCAUUAAUUUUGAGAUCUUCAGAGAGUGUUCCAAAACUCAGCACAGAUAAUCCGGGAUCAGCUAUUACCUCAUUGCAUCGCUAUACUUCGCUUAACAAUAGGUCUAUAGCUCAAGCUCUACCUCAACACAAUUGUUCUUCAUUGCUACCAACAUCUACAAGUCCGAUCAGUACUUUGUAUUACUCACAACCCAAUAAUUCGCGAUUACCUAUAUGCACUACUUCGUCUGAUGAUAAAUUUUCCUCUUCGGAAAGCCAUGAUAUUUCUGAUUUUGUGACUUAUGUUUGCCAGGAUACGAGCCAUCCGACAACAAUCGGGGCAGUGGAAAGUCAUCCUUCCUUCCAACACUCACAUUCAGUUCCACAUUCCCACUCACAUUCACCUCAAUUUCACAUUCAUGCGAAAUCAAGUCAUCAUUAUCAUAGCACUAUGUUGCCGCCAAUGUUGCCGCCAAUGGCUAGACCUGUUGCCAUCAUCCGAUCAAGUGGUGAUCAGCUGACACUAGUGCAGUCCAGCCCCCCACCCUCUCCAUUAAUUCUGACCAAUCAAUCGACGAGCGCGGUAAAAAGCAAUUUAGGAACGGAUGAUAAUAAUAGAGGAGCUACGACGGACAUUAUGGAAAACGAGAAUCAAGAAAUAUCCGUAGCUAGUACAUCUCCUCAAUCCCAAGCUCAAUCACAAACACAAGCUGAACCCAGGGACUGUCCACAAACGUAUUUAGAUCCUAGUACACGAUGCAAACUAUUAUCAUCGCCAGUUACUGGAGCAAAUACCAUAAGCCGUAUAGCCGCCACGCAAAUGUAUUCUUCUCCGAAUAAUCGAGAUUAUUUUAAUCAUUUUCAUUCGCAACCCACAUCGCUUUUGGGCUAUGCGGGAACUAUUUCUACAAUGUCUGGCGUCAUAAGUCCCACAAAUUUGAGCCUGUACUCAGCUGCAAUGCCUAUUUCGCGUCCAAAUACAAGGGCACGAUGGAACGACGAGGAGCUCAACGCAAUUCCACACUCAAUAACUAGUACAAACAUAGAAAAUACUCAAGUUAUAUUAAUGGAGGAUUCUUCUGGACGUUAUAUUGAUGAUUAUUCAAAUCGUGACUAUGUGUCAUAAUCGGUUAAGAAAAAUAAUAUACACAAUGUGUUCGUAAUAAUAAUUUUUAACUUCGUCAGGCAGAAACACAUUUACAAAAUGGGAAAAAUACUAUAAGAACAAGUACCUUAAAUACAUAUAUAAAGACAUCAAAGGCACAUUGAAUUAAACUCUAAAAGCUGGCAUAAGCAGAAUAUUAUUAUACAAAUAAUUUAACCAUAGAAAAGAAAAUAUUUAUACGAAAAACGAUCUCAACUCAAAAAAUUUGCAAUAAAUAUUAAUCGAUAACCCCUUAAACUCUAUAAGUAAAUUAUAAUUUUUAAGCAAUUGCGAUUAUUAAUUUAUUGAAAUUAAACUAAUACGUCCAUUAUAAUCGAUAUUAUAAUGGUCUGUAGCAAUCAGAGCAACUUAGACUUGAAAUGACUAUUAGAAUGAUAAUAAAUACGACAAUUUUAUGACAAUAGUAGAUAGUAGUAACAUAAAAAUAUAUCAAUAUGUAGAAACACAAUGACUGCAAUUAGCUAUAAUAAUUGCUUAAUACUAUUGCACAAUAUAUUUAAAUAUUUUUUUAUGAAAUAAUAGAAUUUUAAAUAUCUCAAAUUAAAGGCAUCUAAAGAUUUUAUUGAGUUAAAAUAGUAGUGUACUCAAUUUGGUCAUUUAAUUGAGUUUGCCUCUAAUUUUUAACAUGGUUCAAAUAAUGUCUGAUUCAAACAACUUAAGAAUAGAUUAAUAAACAAAGAUGCCACAGAAAUUGCACAUUGAUUUGGAAACCCGUAUGAAGGUUGCUCUGAAAGUAUGCAAUAAAAAUAAUAUACAAAAAUGUCCGGUCACAAACUUUUUGUAACAUAUUUAUGUACAACGAUUUAAAUGGGUUUUCAAACCACUGCAAUUUUGAACAAAUGAUCAACUUAAGAACAAUACGCCCUAGUUUCAAUUGUAUUAUAUUGUUAAUACAUUUUGUUUUUAGAAAAUUACAAAAAAAAAAAAACGAAUUUGCAGUCAUAUAUCGACGGAAAAGUAUGGAAUGUUUAUAAGGGAGUUUGAAACAAGUUUAAAAUGUCUUAAGGUACACAAAAAAUGUUGAAAGUAUCAAAUUUAGUGUACUUUUUUUUUAAAAUAACAUUUUAUAGCAUAUUAUUGGCAUAUUUUCAAACGCCUAAUAAUAAUUUAUUAUUAUUUCCAGGUAAAUUUCUUAUUUUAUGCAAUAAUGAAUUCUAGAAUAAGAACAAAAUAUGAAAUCUAUAAGAUUUUAGUACAAUAAUUAGUCUUAAGUGGUAAACAAAAAUCUAAACCGUUUUAAGAAUUGGCUGUGAAUAUAUAUCUAACGCUUACGUAAUUAAGUGAUGUUUCAGUGCUUAUUAAUAUUUAUUAUAUAUUAAAUUGUAUUUAUAAAUUCAUAUAUAUAUAUAUAUAUAUAUAUGUAUAUGGGUCAAUCAUUUUCUCUCCAAAGAUGAUUUCUGUUUGGGCAUUGAAAUAAAACAAAAAUUGAAACAUCUUAAUGAUUGCAAAAGGAGUGACUCAAAUAUAUAUUUAUAACAAAAAUAUAGACUGUAAACAAAAGGAGACUUGCUAAAUAUAAUUUAAGAGCAUAUUUUUCUAAAAUAAACACACUGCAUACUUGUAUUGAUAAAUUACUAAUGCCUUAUAAGUGUCAUCCACCAUCACUUUUAAGGAUGAUCCAAAUGGUUUUCAAUUUCCACAUAUUUCAGAAAGUUUGCUAGUUUGCGAUGGUCGUGCAAUUCUUAAUCUUCUUCUUCACAUUUAUGAAAUCACUGCAAAAACAUUAAUGAAGAUUUUUGACAUCUUUACCAUUAAUAUAUAGAAGGCGUCACGGCUUCAAGUUUGUAAAAAAAAGAAUGAUA